AAACCUCUCUCUCUCUCUCUCGACGGUGUGGUUCCAAUCUUACGAACAAGCAACGGUGAUCGGUGGAUGGAAGAAGAGGUGCGUAUGUCGCGACUUGGGAUCUCGAGCUCUCAAUCACUCAAGUCUCCAUGAAGAAGCGCAUGUGGAGAAUCUCACUGAUAACCCAAAUCUCUGAUCUGCUGUGCCUAUCUCGCGGCUCUUCUUCAACAUUGAAGACUCUGACCCCAUUCUCCUUUACCCUCUUCAGGUCCCCUAUACACCCUCCCUUCCAUCAAUCCUCUGAUUUUACUUCCGGCUUGAAACACCAAUUGUUGCGCUACUCUCACGAUUCCGAUAAGGUUGCUACUGUUUUGGAGUCGACCAAAAUCCAAGGCGCCGCAUUUGUUGAGCUCCUCCGCCAGUUACGUCCGUGGCCCGUUUUGUCUCAAGUGGUCUUCGACUGGAGAAGAAACAAGGCACUACGCGAUGGGGUUCCUAUGACUGCUGAUGAAUACGCCAAGGGUAUUACUAUUUCUGGUAGAUUGAAGAAUGUGGAUAUGGCCCUUUCCUUGUUUGACGAGUCUGCAAAGACAACCUCCGUCUACAAUGCUUUGAUGGGUGCUUACAUGUGGAAUGGUUUGGCUGAUCAAUGCAAGCAGCUCUUCCUUGACUUUGAAGCUCAAGAAGAGCACUCUACCCCAUCAGUCUCAACUUAUAACAUCCUCAUUUCAGUUUAUGGCCGUUUGAUUAUGGUUGAUCGAAUGGAAGCAGUUUUCCUCCAGCUUCAACAACUCAAAAUCCUUCCCGAUUCCAGCACCUACAACAACUUGAUCGCUGGGUAUAUCUAUGCUUGGAGUUGGGAUAAGAUGGAAUCAACUUUUCAGAUCAUGAAGCAUGGCGGCCUCGUCAAGCCUACCCUUGCCACUUACUUGCUGAUGCUCAGAGGGUAUGCAAACUCGGGUAAUCUGGUUCGGAUGGAGGAAAUGUAUCAAGCUGUGAAGCGUCACGUUGACAGGAAUGAGAUUAAGUUGCUCGAGUCCAUGAUAUGUGCAUACUACAGGAGUUCAGACAAGGAUAGGAUCAGAAAAAUCAAGACUUUAUGUAAGCUUAUUCCCAAGAAAAGUUACAAGCCUUGGUUGUAUGUGCUCUUGAUACAGCUCUAUGGACAAGAUGAUAAUCUACACGCCAUGGAGAACUUCAUAGACCAGGCUAUUACAAAAGGGCUCCAGAUAGAGACAGAUGGGAUUAUGAGAUCCAUUGUGGCAAGUUACUUCAGGUGCAAUGCGGUAGAUAAGCUUGCCAAAUUCGUGCAGCGUGCUCACUCUGCUGGAUGGAGAAUGAGCAGGUCGAUGUUCCAUGGCUUAAUGCUCAUGUAUGGAACUCAAAAGCGUUUUAAAGAGAUGGAAAAUGCGCUCUCUGAAAUGGAAAGUUUUAACAUAAGCCGGUCCAAGAAGACUCUUUGCAUUCUGCAUAGAGUAUACGCAACGCAUGGACAGGAACAUAAGGUCAAUCAAGUCGCAGGAAUGAUGUUAAAGCAUGGACAUGAUUUCCCACGAGAGCUACCUGAAGCUAUAACUGUCCCUGCAUCAGGAACGAUGUAGCAAUUUUCAGAACCUCAUUGUUGACUUCACAUACCUUGCAUGUUAGCUCAGCUGGGCAGUAUAGUGAAACCCGAUAAGAAUCUCUCAGCAGUAGAGUAGGAAUUAUGGGAAAAUAGGAUACAUAAUUGAAAUGUUGGAAGAGAGAUGAGUACCAGCAGCAUUAUGUUAGGAAGGAUUGUCUGCAUUACUCUCUCACAUCCAGAGGGAUUCGAUUAGCAAAGGAAUUAUUAAACCAUUGUUGAAAGAAGAAGUUAAUAUAUGUCUCCAUUGGCAGAUGUUUGUUGGUUGUAUACAGUGUAAGUUGUUAUUUUGUCAUUGUCUUUCUGUUGAUAGGUAUCAAACAGCUUCCUUGUUUGCUUGAUUCUUUCAUUAAUACAACAAAUAGUGUUUGUGAGAA